UGGUGCAUGGUAUUUUUAACAAAAUUCAUAUCACUGAAUUAUAUUUGCGAAAAUGUUAGUGCCAAGGUGCAAAAAACUAAAGUUUUGACACAUAAAUUAACAAAUCUCAUACGUUUUACAGAAUCACGUAGAGAGAUUUAUCAGUUUCUUUUGCAAAUAUCAUUUCGGCCAUUGGAAUUCGGCGUAAAGGGCAUAUUUCAUUUUGGUCAUAAAUUCAUUAAUAAGUUCUUUAUAUGGGUACUUACCAUUAUUAUUUUUGUAUUGCAAAUGGAUACUUCUCCCAUGACUCAAAUAUCAAAAACUGAAGGAAUUAAUGAAACAUGUUUCGAAAGAGAUAUUGUUAUGUAGA